UUAUUCAAGGUUAUUUUUUCCAGUCACUGCUUCCGUGUGCGGUUUUUAAUUGGUCAGUAAUUAGUCAAUAUGGAUGAAGAGGAUAAGUGUGACGGAAAUUCUGACUGAUUCCACUCUCUCAGAAGCCCUUUGACUAAAAAAAAUGAAUUAUAAUCUUAAAAAAAUAAAAUACCGCACUACUAAGCUAUACAAAUAAAAUUUCUGUCCUCGGUAUAUGUAUGUACGAAGUAUAGAAUCUUCCACUUGACCAAUGUCCGCGCCGAGAGUCAUGUGACAUGACCAAACACGAUCACCUGGCUAUCCUGGGUUGCCAGAUUGUGGUGUACCAUACAUGACGAGUCCGGUCUUUAACAAACCUGCUACUUUCACUACAUUGUUAUGGUUAAGUCUUAAACUAAUUUCUAAAGUCUCGUAUAAGAUUAACAAUGCAUAAAUAUUAAAUAUUACUAUUUAAUAAAUGAUUUAAAAAGGGAGAGUGGACUUGUAACUGCAAACAAUCUGGCAACACAGUGAGCGAGGCAAAUCCAAAGCGCUUGUAACUGCGCCGUGCGGGAUCUGCUCCUCGCCACCAUGCCGUCCCCGAUACCCGUGACACGCCUUCUCCCAAGAGACUUCGGUCUCAAGCUGGGAGUCUGUAGCAGUCCUCUGACUAAACAUUCAGGAGACACGACUCUUCGUGUACCGGUCAGUGCGUUUCACGGGAACCUCGCGUACAGACUCUGGUCUUCUGUGAUCCACUGGCGCGAGCUUUGUGAUCUGGAGUCUAUCGGCUCCGGUGGAUUUGGCUUGGUGUUCAAAGCUACGUAUUUCGGUGAGACGGUGGCGGUGAAGCACGUCAAGUGCGCUAAGAACAAAUUGGCUUCGCGGCAGAGUUUCUGGGCCGAGCUGAACGCGGCGCACCUGCGGCACGAGAACCUGGUGCAGGUGAUUGCGGCCAGCACGCAGGCUAACGGCGAUGACCUCUUGGGCGCGAGAGGCGAUAGCGUCAUAGGCACCAUCAUCAUGGAGUACGCGGGCGAUGUGAACCUGCAGCAAGUGAUCUACAACGCCGCCGAGCCGCUGCACACCGGAUCCUGCGUGCGUUACGCAGCUGACGUGGCGCGCGCCCUCCGCCACUUACACGCACACGGCGUCGUGCACCUGGACGUGAAACCUGCGAACGUCAUCGUGUCCCGGGCGGGCGUAUGCAAGCUUGCGGAUUUCGGAUGCUCGUUAAAAGUGGAGCUUGUGCGCGAUCGCGAUGGCUCGGCUCGCCGGAUGGAGAUCGGCGGCACGUACACACACCGAGCGCCCGAACUCCUGAGGGGAGAGGACGUAACACCCGGUGCAGACGUCUACUCCUUCGGCGUCACUCUCUGGCAGCUGCUCACCCGGGAGCCGCCGUAUGAAGGAGAGCGACAGCACAUCCUAUAUGCAGUGGUCGCCUUCAACCUGCGCCCUGAUCUAAACAAGGACGUGUUCGGUCCGUCCGGACCGGGCCGCUCGUUAAAGGAGCUCCUUAGUCGGUGCUGGAGCGCGGAACCGAGUCAAAGACCGAGCGCGGACCAGCUCCUUACCGAGCUCUCCAUUGAGUUUCCACCAUGAUCUCCACCAAGCUUUAAAACCUACUCCUGUCCAAACAGUAGGUCUGAAAUAAAAAAUAAAAACGCGACCUAUUAGAAGUGAUGCCCUCUUUUGAAAGCGGCUCCUUGUAUCGUGUUUACAGUUUUUUGGUAAUCCUGUUUAAUAUUUACGUCGGUUUGCCUUGUUGUAUGUCGCUGAAGACACAAUGGAUCCUUUAUAUAAUUUUAAAUGGUCUUAAAAGAUUUGGAAUGAUCUUUGUUUAAUUAUUGUAAAUAAGUGUCGAUGUAUCUAACUUUGUAUUAAUGUGUAUUUUGUUUUUUACGUUUUCAAGAUGGAUUUGAUUAAAAUGUUUCAUGUACAUAAUGGUCUUUUGUAUCUCUGCUAAAGCUUCACUUUAUUAAUGACACACACCUGAUCCAGCUUACAGCUAAACCCUCCUUGAUUUUGGAGCUCUCAAUCACUGCAUCCUCCAUCUGAACAGUUUCAAAUUUCUAGACAGAUUCAGAUCUUACUCCUUACAGAUCACUCCAUACUCAUAAGAUUGCUCAGUCAAAGCAUAUUGUAUUGGUCACUUCUGUUCCUCUCCCAUAUUUAUGACCAAGCCUAUUUUAAGUUAUAGAUAAAGGAGGGAAAAAAAGUAAUACACUAUUAUGCCAAAAGUUUUGGGA